AUGCCGAAGCUAAAGCCUCGCAAGCCGGGUAUCCACAGUGCUCGACGCCCUCGCAAUCCUGGCCCGACGGUCAUACCAUCCACGGAUCCGCUCUUGGACUGUGGCCCGGGCUGCCCUGGAGAAUGCAAGGCUUUCCGCGAUGCACUUGAAUAUCUCAAGUAUUCUUGCCGGGGAAAGAAAUAUGCCGAAUUCGAAGAGCGGAUUCUUGAGCUGGAGCGCAAAUUGGUCGAUACUUACUGGUCAUGCCUGGGUCGCGAGAUUAUCCUCUGCGGUCUGACUCCACGAGACAGCUCUUUCUUGUUGUCCGUCAUCAGCGAUGACCCAUUCCUGCGCUGGCGUUAUAUUGGUGUUAUUCCGUUCGAUGGAGUGAGCAAUCCACCAAUCGUUGACCGUAUUCUUGAACGCAUCUUAACCGUUGAGGAUGAGACGGGCGCGAGAGAUGCACUGGUAUACGUCAAUCUUCUUCACGGCCUACAAAUCAUUGCCCGAUAUACUCGGGAAAAAGAAAUUCGCGAUAUGCUUCACUUAUUCUACCGACGUUACGCUGAGGCUUUUGGGUCUCCUUACAGAUGCAAUUGA